AUGCUUCGAAUACAUAAACUUUUCCUGGCACUGAUAUUCUCUUCCUCACUAAUCUUACCAGCAUUAGCAGAACGCAUUCUUAGAUCUAGUGCCUUACUCACAUGUAUGGAUAACUCCCAGUUCUCCGCAAGCAAGUUCGACGUCACUUUUACUCCAAAUAAUAAAACUGUCACUUUUGAUCUUAACGCAGUCACUACCCUCGAUGGAUACUUUGUUGCCAAAAUCGUCGUCAUUGCUUAUGGUAUCUCUGUAAUCACACAAACAAUCAAUUUUUGUAACCUUGGAUCUGAUACCUCCCAACUCUGCCCAAUCUCACCAGGACAUUUAGAUAACCUAAAGGGCACUUAUACUAUCGAUAGUGAUAUUGUAAACCAAAUCCCAGGUGUUACUUAUACUAUCCCAGACUUGGAUGGUAUAGUCCAAGUCCUUGUUUACCCUAAUGGUACAACAGACUCAAGUGCUGUAGCCUGUGUCGAAGCAACUCUCACAAAUGAUAAAACUGUUCAAACCCCCUACGCCUCCUGGGCACUUGCCAUUGUCACCAUUGUUGGAUUUUUGCUGGCUGGUGUCGUUUGGCUGCGAGGAUCACUUUCAUCCUCAGCACACAUCUCCUCCAAUAUCGUGUCACUUUUUAUUUAUUUUCAAGGUGUAGCCAUCAUCGCCAUGAUGGCUGUUGAACGUUGUCCACACAUUGCAGCUGCUUGGUCACAAAACUUUAUGUGGACCGUGGGACUCAUUUCACUCCCCUUUAUCCAAGACAUUAUGAACUGGUACAUUCAAGCAACAGGUGGUACGGUCACGAGUAUUCUCCCGAACGCCGAUUUGAUGAACCUUUCAAUCCAAAAAAGAGCUAUUUAUGAAUAUGCUACCCAGAUUUAUUCUACCCUCGACAAUCCAACUGUUCGGCCCUUUGUCUUGGCCGCCAAGUCAGCUUUUAUUCCAAGAGAUGUGGCAUACUUUUUACAAUUACCUUCAUUGCUAGAUGACCCGUGGCUUUUUGUCCGCGAUGAUGAAACUUCUACAGAAACCACUGAUGAAAAACUUGACGAUUACUCGUCCACUGUGCUUGUUUUACGCGGAAUGCAGCGUGUGGCAUUUCUUGCCAAUAUUGAAAUCACUUCUGUGUUUGUCACAGGUAUAACCUUUUUCCUCAUCUUUUUAGUUUUCGCUAUGAUUAUUUUGCUUUUUAUUAAAACCCUUACAGAGAUGUUGGCUAAAACAAAUCUUAUCCAUCGUGGCCGUGUGGGUGAUUUCCGUAAAGAAUGGAAGUCCAUUUUUAAGGGUGUACUUUUACGUGUAUUCUUUAUGGCUUUCCCCUCUUUGACUGUGCUAUGUCUCUGGGAAUUUACUCAGCACGAGUCAGUGGCUACUGUUGUGCUGGCUGUAUUUACCUACUUGACUGUGGUUGCGCUGCUAGCCUUUGGAGCUUACAAAACUAUAAGCACAGCCCGGAGGUCUAUGCAAACACACAAGAACCCAGCAUAUUUAUUAUUCAGCGACGUGCACAUGCUCAAUCGUUGGGGUGUACUCUACGUCAACUUCCGCGCGUCAGCUUAUUAUUUUAUCACACCAAUGCUGAUCCACGUCUUCAUCAAGGGUGCAUUUAUUGCAUUUGCCCAAGGAUCAGGAAAAGUCCAAGGUAUUUGUGUGUUUUUGAUUGAACUAUUUUAUUUGAUUUAUGUGGCAUGGGUUAAGCCUUAUAUGGAUAAACCUACCAAUGGGUUUAACAUUGCAAUUGCUGCAGUAAGCAUGAUCAAUGCUCUUUUCUUUUUAUUUUUUUCAAAUCUUUUUGGCCAGCCUGCCUAUGUUAGCAGUAUCAUGGCUGUGAUUUUCUUUGUCCUUAAUGCUGCCUUUUCAUUAGUUUUAGUGGUACUCAUUAUAGUAUCAUGUAUGUGGGCAAUUUUCUCUCGCAAUCCAGAAAAUAGAUAUGAACCCAUGCGUGAUGACCGUGAGUCAUUCAUUCCUGAUCCAGAGGGUGAAAAGAAACCAGUUACUGAACUUGAUGCUCUCGGUGCAACUGCUCGUGACGGGUACCCAAACACACUUUCUGUCAUGACAUCACUUUCAGGUGUCAAACCAGAAUCUAUGCUUACUGGGGAGGAUUUGAUGAGAGGGACUGGAAGUUACAAUGGUGGUGGUAGUGGUAGUGGUGGUGGUAGUGGUGGUGGUAGUGGUAGUGGUGGUAGUGGGAGCAGUACGAUUCACGAAGAUGGAUCAAUAGCUCGAGGGUAUUAUGAUGAAGACUCAUUUUAUGAUAAUGGGCCUGCAAUGGCCCAAGGUUCAUCAUCAAAUUUAAUUCGACCACAACAAACUAAUAAUAGUGUUUACCCAAUAGAUUCAAGGGUUUCAACUAACUCAGCUACAGCAUUAACUUCCAUCAUGCCAUCACAAGGGUUCCCUUCAGCAAGGCUGCCGCGAGCACCAGGAGGCCAUAGUGAGGCCGAUAUGUAUAGUACUAACACGGCAUAUCCCGGGCCUGGCGGGUACCAGGGCCGAUCUGGGUGGUGA